GAUCCGGACCGCCUGUGUCUUGCGCAGCAGGAUUGCAUUCUAGUCAACAUGAGCGAAUCAGAAAAGUCCUACAUGUCUAGCUCCAGCCUAGUUCUCGGAUUAAGCCCUAUCCUCCUUUCUUCUAUCGGCCCCACCGUCAGCGAGAUUGGACUCCUCUCGCUCAGACGGCCUAUCUUGUCCCUGUUGCUCACGUUCGGAACUGUAGGCGUCUAUCCCUCGCGCAUCCUCUCAUAUAUGGAGGAUUCCGCACUCGAUAUUAUUGCAGAACCUACCACACUGGCUGUGUUCCUGAACAAGACGCUUGUACAUGAUACCAUACGCAGGAGAGCGACUGCUAUUUCCGUGGCGCAGUAUGUCAUGGUAGCUUUGGCCGUAUUCAACGUGACUUAUACGUCGUGGCAGCUUGGCGUGGCUACGGUACUCAACUUUGUCUGCCAGAGCUCCUUCAUGCCCCUGAUUUGGACCACGUUGCCUGUCUUCAUUCACCUGCCGGCGGCUCUAGCUCUGCGCGCCAACAAGAAGGCACCAGCUGCGGUAUCGACGUCAUCUGAACCCGCAAGAGCUAUGAAUGGUUCAAAGUCCUUGGUCUGGUCUUCUCUCACUUCCGAAGUAGCCCUGUAUGCGCUGCGAGAGGAGCCACUCGACUUGGACGCCCUCAGACCGACCCCUAGGUUGAUUUUCUGGCACUGGGUGGCGACCGUAUUUUCCUUCGUUCAUGUGCUUGUCGGCAUCAUUAUCUUCUCGUCGUUGUUGCUCACCAUGACUACGGACGCGGCCAUCAUCUUGCUACGAUACGCCGCAUCUGCCUUAGCUUGUAGGUUGAUAAUAGUUUUUGAGCUCGCCGGUUUCCGAUGGUCCCGAGCCAGGCGCAGGAAUGUAAACGGAUAAAUGACACAGCUCGCUAGCCGAUAGCCUCAAGAUAUUUUCUAGCAGGGACUGCGCUGCCGCUGGACGGAGUCUCCUCGAGAGUCGACCGAGUAGCUCCAUGGAAUGAAGCGAUGUGCUGCUUGGGGGUGUUUGCCGGAACUGUGCACCAGCUGUGGGCCGGGUACGAAUGUGCUAACGUUGCAGUACAAUACUGUAUGUACAGUAAUAAUACCGCGCGUAAGGCGACACGUUCAGUCGCAGGCACGAUCGAGAAAUACACCAAGGUUG